CUCUCUGUUUUAGUCCUGCUCAGUGGUCUAGUCUCAUUCAAUCUCCUCAUAAUAAAUGUACCACUUUCACAGAGGCUCAACACAUCUCAAGUCCCCUUAAAUCCUCUUUGUUUUUCUCAACAUCCAUGGCUCAAAUUCUUCGUGGUAUUGUCCGAGAUUUACUCUGUGCUUCUCGUAUGAGCAGGAAGUCUCAGAGCCAGAGGAAGAGGGAAGAGAGAGUCAUGAAGUCAGGUGAACAAAAGCUGCUGUCGAAGAUAAACAGCAACAUAAGCAGCAAAGCUCAAUUGAUGGUGAAGUUGAUUUCAUGGAGGAAGGUGGAAGCUGAAGAAGAGCUGGAUGAUGGGGAGGAAAUCGUUUGGAGGAAAACUAUCAUGAUGGGUGAACGAUGCCGUCCCCUGGAUUUUUCAGGGAGGAUUCUGUAUGAUUCUGAAGGUAAUCUUCUACCUGACCCUGAUUGCCGCAAGUAAUAUAGAGCAGAGUUGUUUCUUGGGACUUUUUCGCAAUUGCCAAACCAAACAUUUCAAUCUUCUUGAACGUAGGAGUAUGUGUUAAAUCUGAGUUAUUUGUUUCUUGGUUUCCUGAUUCUCUAGUUUUCUUUUAAUUAUUAGUAUUCCGAACUUUCCCCCUUUCUUGGUUUGUCAAUCUCUAGAAAUCUAGGUGAUUGAUGUUGCUGUUGUAAAUAAAGUUGUACAAAAGCAAGUUUCUUUCUUGAUGAAUAAGUGAAUUUGAUGAUA